AUGUAAACAGGAAGUGAAACACUCAAAGCGGCGUUUUUAAGAAGCUAAACGACAAAUGAGUAUCAAAACUAAAUAAAGUUUAUGAUAUGGCUACUUUUAAGUAGAUAAAUGUAUCUAUUGAGUGUCAAAGUUACUAUUAACAAGCUUUUAGUGAGUUUGAUCUAUUCGCCAAAAUCGUAAUGGGCAAUGUUUUGCAGUCGACGCUAGAUAAAGCUAACCUCUUUGCUUCUGGUUGUAGUAACAGCUAACGAUUCACAAGUUCUCAGAUUUUGUUUAUUUGUGAGUUAACAGCACAAAUGGUCUCAUGGUGCCAGUUAUAUAUAGCUAUAUAUGUUAGUUUUACGAAGUCGGUUACUUUAUUGAAACUUGAUUCAAACUUGGAGACACCUCUAUUUUGUCAUUAUGGGAGACACUGAGCUGUGUCUUAUCGAUAAGAAGAUAAAAAGUUUGCUAGAAGUCCAGUUGGUCUCUACCAUAACCUCCCUGAAUCUUCACUGCAACAACAUCUCCCAAAUUGAAGGCCUUAGAAACGCGUGGCACCUGCGUCAUCUGGACCUCUCCUCCAACUGCAUCUCUCACAUCGAAAACCUGAGCUCUCUCACUUCUCUGAGAACUUUGAAUUUAUCCUGCAACUUAAUCACCAAGGUCGAAGGACUGAAUGGCCUUGUGAACCUAACAAGAUUAAACCUGUCCUAUAAUCAGAUUAAUAACCUCACAGGGUUGUUGUAUCUCCACGGCCCGCAGUACAAGCUUAACCAUCUUAGCCUCCAUGGCAACCAGCUGGACAGCAUCGAUCACCUUUUGCAAUGCCUGCUGGGACUGCACACCUUAAAAGAAGUUGUUUUGUACAAAGAUGGAGCAGACAAUCCAAUCUGCAGGUUCCCAGGUUACAGGGAAAUAGUCUUCCAGUCAUUGCCUCAGAUUUAUGUCCUGGAUGGUCUGGACCAAUUGGGAAACCCACGUGAACCUUGUGUACAUAAACGUGACAUUCCUGGUUUGGAAGAUUAUGUGGACCUAUUCCUCUCAUCUGAUACCAGUCACCAUGAAGCUGUCAAAGGAAGUAAUAUUAACACUCCCCGCAUUGACGAGGUGUUGAACCAGUUUCGUCAGCGGAUUGCAUCAGAAAUUUUAACAGAGACCACCCCACAGUCGGCUCAAAAGGACAGGGCCCCUGCAGUUUCCAGUGCAGCCAAUCCACCAGACCAUCCUAAUGAAGAGCGCCUCAGGAAACUUGAGCGCCAAGUAUCUCUGCUCAUUCAGGGUCCUACACGGGACAAACUCAGCAGCAGCAUCAGCACUCCUCCUGUGGUGAUGGUGCGGGUCCCCAAGAGGGACACAGAUCGUACGUCGGAAAGUGAGUGUGACAGUGGAAAAGAAAUCAAGAAGCGCUCACGAGUCCCCAAACACAGGAGCAGCUCAGGAACAAGGACAAAAGACACCAAGGGAAGGAGAUCUGACAGUGAUCAGGAGAAUCAUAAAACUACAUCUUCAAAGUCCUCUGUGGGGCCCAAGAAGUCUGGCAUCGCAGCAGGAGUUGAGACAGCAGGGGCCACCAGGAGGCGCCCUUUGAAAUGUGCCGAAGCCUCUGGCCAUGUAAAAACAAGGUCCACCAAGGAAGAAGAGACCUACAGGACUAUAGUGGAGGAGCGUGACCAGGAGAGGGAGCGGCGCUGGAAGGCAGAGCAGGCUGUGAGAAAACUGGCGGAAGAGCUGAAGUGUCUCCAGACCAAAGUGAGCGAGGAACAGGACCUACAAAGCCUGGCUGUGCACACCACUGACCGACUGAAGGAGAUGCUAUUGAAGGAGCGCUCUGGCCGGUCUGAGCUGCAGCAGCGCGUGGAGGAGCUGGAGGGCCGAUGUCAGUCUCUCACUCAGGCACUGGAGCAGAGCCGGAGCACAGAACAACUGCACAAGACUGGACUGAGCAAACUGGAAGAGAGCAUUGCACAGGCCGACAGUCUUAGGGCUAUGCAGAGGGCAGAGGAGGUGAAACGAUACCAGGAGUUGGAGAAUAAGGUAGCGGUGUUAAAGAGGGAGCUGGACAUACAGAGAGCUUCAGUCCAACACCACAAAAACAAACUGCAACAACUCCAUGAACUACUGGCUUCAAGGGAACAAGAGCACAGGAGGCAGCUGGAGAUGCGACUUCAGCCUGGUGGAGCAGAUUUUCGCGAGGCAGUGGCUAAAGAAGUGUCAUUGGUUGAACAAAAACACGGCCAAAAAGUGUCUGAGCUGCAGGACAGAAUCACAGAGGGGAGGAGACAGUACGCUGCGCUAGAGGACGAGUUUCGUAUGGCGCUAACCAUCGAAGCUACAAGGUUUUCUGAGGUGAAAGAGGCGUGUGAUCAAAUGAGUGCAGAGUUGACAGAUUUAAGGUCGUCCCUGUCCCAGUCGCAACAGAGGGACAAAAAGUCUGCAGGUCUGGUCCAGGAGCUCACAGCUAUGGUCAAAGAGCAAAAGAGCCGCAUUACUGACCUCAGCAAAACCAAACGGGAGGCCGUCACUGAGCUCAAGAGCCGUGUGCAGUCAUUAGAGGCAGAGCUGGACCAGGACCGGCGUCUGUCUGUGCAGCUGGAGCUCCUGAAGAAGGACAAGUCCAGACUGUUGUCUCAGCUCACGGCUCAGGAGUCUGUGAUCGACGGGCUCCGAGCAGAGAGGAGGAUCUGGGGACAAGAGCUCGCUCAACAAGGAGCCUCUUUAGCCCAGGACCGAGGGCGUUUGGAGGCCAAGAUUGAUGUCCUGUCAUCAGAGCUGGAGACACAGAAGAAACAGAAUGAGAGAGACAACGACGCCCUCAAAAUAAAAGCCAAAAUCAUCGACGACCAGACGGAGACGAUACGCAAACUUAAAGAGUCUUUGCAGAAUCGGGAGGAGCAGAAUCAGAGGCUGAGUGAGGAGUCUAUCCAGGCCCAAAAUUCCUUCAAACAGACAGAGACAGAACUCAAAGAACAUGUGGAACACCUCACUCUGCGCAAAGAAGAGCUGAAGCAACAACUGGAAGAUAAGGACACAGAGCUGGAGGAGGUCAAGAGGGUUUACAGUGAAUCUAGCAGAAAGUGGAGGGACAAAGCAGAACUUCUCACUCGGCUGGAGACUCAAGUAAAACGAAUGAAAGAAAACUUUGAUUCAAAAGAGAAACUGCUACUCGAAGAGCGCGAUAAAGCCACUGAAGCACAAAAAGCUGCCGUGGAGAAGCUGCGUAGUAUCGAUGAUGCUUUCAGACAACAACUGGAGUCACUUCAGGUCACUCAUCAAACUGAGCUGCUACAACUGGCCUCGGACAAGCAGAAACAGAUAGAGCAAGCCAAUCAGAAGGUUUAUGAAGUGGAAGAAGAGAUGCGUCAGCUACUGGAGGAAACCAGAGCUCAGAAAAGGGUCAUGGAGGAGAAAAUGAAACGACUCAACAGUGUGCUAAGAGAGUUGAGUUAAUACUAAAAAACAAACUUGAGCUUUUUUACAAUAACCUGAAUAUUUGUAAUAUUGUAUAUAAGAUUUAUCUAUUAAAUAAAAUGACUGAAAAUC